AUGAAUAGGCUACCAUUUAGUAUGUCAUCCCCAAAUCGAGACCCCGAAAUAAACGUCGUCUCCAGCCCGGAAUCGUCCAGCAGGAACGGCUCUCCGGAACCAGACACAUAUCGCCUCAUCAACCACAACCAACACAAUUCUUAUCCAGUGAUAAAAACGAGUGAUGACGACGAAAGGACUGAUAAAGACGCGAAAGCAAAGAGUGUGGGAGGGUCGACGAAUUUUUCGAUAUCGAGUAUUCUGAGUCGGGCCGAUCCGACGGUGAAGAAAAACGGAUUCAUGGGAGUACAAGGAGGGGGCGUAAUGGAGACGGGCAUCGGAGGUGCAGCUGAUAGCGGAGUUUUAUCAAGGUAAAAAUUCAAUUAACAAUAU